UGCGCAGCUGUGUCUACACCGGAUGUCUGUGAAUCCCUAUCCCUUAUUUAGAGUUUACAUGAAUGUUUAUGAUUGUUGUUUGAUUGUUGAAACUUUCAAUUAAUACUCCUGGAACAAUUUUCGAUUGAAAUGAACGUGAUUCAUCAUUUAUCAAGAUCAUUCGUUACAGAUAAAUAAUUCGCAAUAAUGGCUGACACAGUUGAAGAAACGAGGAAAAAAAUUCGUAGAGGGAAACGUGGCUCAGGAAAAGGUCCCAAGUUGGAGGAUGAAAUCAGCAGAUUGGUGCAGAAUGAAGUCCAGAAGUAUGGAAAGCAAUUGCAGAAACUGGCGGAGAUGCAGUAUGCUCCAAGCCACCACAGACAACCUGAAGCUCAAACUCCCAGAUCAAAAUGUUGGAAAGCUGAAGUGAGGAGGAAGAUAAAGACAAAGAAAGCUGGCGUAAAAACUAAAGAUCCACCAGACAGCCGGAAGGGUCAUACACCCCACUACAAUCACAAGUUGACAAAUAUUACUGAAAAAUCGAUACAAAGAAAUAUGGAAACGAUAGAGAACGAUCUUCGUGCGCGUCUCACGGAGAAAAUUCUCAAAGACAUCUCGGAGAUGAGAAUAACUGGACCAAACAUCCAAAAUAACACACAGCCUCUUCCGGGGAAUCCCCAGAGCUUUGGAUUUCCCAAGUCGAUAAAUCGAGAUAAGAUGAGAGAGAUAUUGAAUGAGAAGACCAAGGCCUCGCAGCAGUACAUACCAGGAGUUUUGAAAAUCAGUAAUAAGAAUCCAAAAUAUUCUUACGUGUCUAGUGGAAAGGAUGAUGAGGAUAUCCUCAUCGAUGGGUACUGCGACAGAAACCGAGCGAUGGAGAAGGACCUGGUGGUCAUCCAGAUUCACCCGCAAGACAGGUGGAUACAGAAAGCUAAUGGGAGGGUGCAAAAAACAGCCGUUAUCGUGUCAGUUCUCGAGAAAAUUCAUCCCAGAAAGGCUAUUGGCAUUCUAGUUUAUCAGAAAGAACUCCUGAGGUUUCAUCCAAGAGACCCAAAGUUCCCAGCCAUGACGAUUGAUCCAAAAACUCUCCCAGAAGAGUUCAAGGAGAUGGAUAAUAUCAAGAGAACUCUAUUCAUUGCCAAAAUGCUCAAUUGGUCGACGCCAUCUCAGUGUUCGGGGAAAAUCUUGGGGAAGAUUGGAGAUGUUGGAGACUUGGAGGCAGAAACCGAGGCGAUACUACUCGAGAAUGGCUUGGACGUGACUCCUUAUGAUGAAAAAUUGUACCAACAUCUGCCAGGUCCUGAUGACGUCCUCCAAGAGGCUGAUAUUGAUGGCAGGGAGGAUUGGAGAUCGAAUUGUGUGUUCACGAUCGAUCCAGUUACUGCUGUGGAUCUGGAUGAUGCUGUCUCGUGUAGGAGACUUGGAAAUGGCAACUUUGAAGUUGGGGUUCACAUCGCUGAUGUCACAUACUUCUUGGACGCCAGUUCACCUCUUAAUGAAAUGGUCUCGAAACGAGCUACUACAAUCUACUUAGCGAACACAGUCUACCACAUGCUGCCAAAACCCCUCUGCCAACUGUGUUCUCUCCUCCCUGGAAAAGAUCGUUUAACAUUCUCAGUAAUCUGGGAGUUGACACCAGCCGGCGACGUAGUCAGUCAUCGUUUCACCCGAAGCAUCAUAAACUCUUGUUUCCAAAUGUCCUACCAACAGGCUCAAAAAAUGAUAGAGAACCCACACCUCGACUGGUCGGCGGUGGAUCUCCCCAACGUGCAAAAUGGAUUCACAGCGUCUGACAUUUGCCGAGCAGUCAACGACUUGUUCUCCAUCUCAAAAUCCCUGAGAUCAGACAGAUUCGAGGGUGGAGCUCUGAAGAUCGACCAACCGAAAAUCCAGAUGGUCCUGGACGAAGCUACAAAGCUGCCGAUAUCCUACUGCCUGGAGGAAAGAGUCGAGAGUAAUACACUCAUAGAAGAGUUUAUGCUUCUGGCCAACAUGACAGUUGCCAAUCACCUCUACAAAAAAUUUCCAAAGACUGCACUCCUUCGUCAUCACGAUCCCCCCAAGCUCCAGACCCUCUCCAGGACUUUGCAUCCUCUCAAGAACUUCGGAGUUCACUUGAACACAGAGUCAGCUGGAGCACUGCAAACGAGCAUGUCGAAGUACGAACAAACAAUUGAGAAAGGACUGAAAUAUUCUGACGAAGAGUUUGUCUCCAACUGCCGAAUGAUGGUGAUUAAUUCUCUCUGUGCUCAGGCAAUGGUCAGGGCUAAUUACAUUUGUUCUGGAACUGCCAAGAAGUCUUCCUUGAGGCAUUAUGCUCUGAAUGUUCCCCUAUACACACACUUCACGUCUCCCAUCAGAAGAUACUCUGAUUGCGUUGUUCAUAGACUACUUGUCUCUGAUCUUGAAGGCGCUCCACUGCCAGAGGACUGGAGUCCCGAGGUCUGUGCUAAACUAGCUAAGAAUUGCAACAGAAUGAAGGAGAGUGCGAAGAGUGCGCAGGAGAAGAGCAAUGAGAUCUAUUUUACUCAUCUGAUUGCUCAUAAUGGAGCUUGUGAGCAGCUGGCGAUUGUUAUGACUGUCAGGCAGUACAGUCUUGAUGUUAUCCUGUGCCAUGUGGGCCUUACACUCAAAGUUGAAUUGUCUGAGACUCAGAACCAUGCUACUGUUGAGUACAUUAAUGAUGAUUCUGUUGAGACUGUGAGGAUCCUCUGGAAAAAGCCAGAAGUCACUCAGGUAAUCAAUGUUUUCACUAUCCUCAAUGUCAGGGUGAGGAAGCAUCCCAAGGUUUACUGCAUUCAGGCGAGUCUACUACCUCCAAAGUUUCAUUACUGACUUUUCGUACUUGAUGCUUAUUUUUCAUUUGUCUAGGAAAUAUUUAUUUGACUGAAUUUGUGAGUUAGGAGGAUUGAGAAGAUUUUGGUUGAAAAUGUUUUGGAAUCCUUUAUCAUGAAGUUAGAAAUGAUAUUCAACAAUGCAAUUUAUUUUUUGGAUUAUUUCGUGGAAGCAUCUGUAAAUAGUUGACAAAUAAAAAAGUUGUGGGACAGGA